ACAAUCCAAGGAUGAAGGUACCUCUGAUUCUGGGUAUACUGCUGGCGUCUGUUCACUAUUCCAUACAACUAGAGGAUAAGACAGAGACUGCGGCAAUUACGGACGAAGAGGAAGAACAACAUGGUCACCUUUCAGUGAAAAAUGCCAGAGAUUUAGAAGAAGAGUCAGAAAGGUCAACACAAGACGAAGAAACAGAAGAGGAGGAAAGACCGGUCCAGCUUCCAGCGAAAGAUGCAAGAGAUUUAGAAGAAGAGUCGGAAAGGUCAACACAAGACAAAGAAACAGAAGAAGAGGAAAGACCGGUACAGCUUCCAGCUAGAGAAGUGAAAGAACUCGAAGAAAGGGAUGUAAGAGGAUUCCGUCGAUCGUUUGCUUGUGCAAAUCAAAGGUUAAAUUUAUGGUGUGGAAGAGGCAGAACAAUACGUGUGCUUUAUACGACACACAAACGUAAUGACAGAAGAUGUUCUAGUUUAAGACCAAAAUGUUGGACACGGUGGUCACGUUUUCAGGUCGGAAGGACCUGUAAUGGAAGGACAAGAUGUCGAGUCGGAGCCAGAGGUCGUUGCCCAACAUACACCAGUUCCCUAAAUGUUGUUUACACUUGUCGCAAACAGAAAAAGUGCAGUAAGAAAUGUGUGAAGAAUGCCCAGUGUGUGAAAGGAAAAUGCCGAUGCAAAAGGGGCUUUGCUUGGAGUAAAAGAAGGCGACAAUGUGUCAGAAAGGGCCGCAGGUGUGGCAAGAAGAAUAAGUGUGGAAAGAACGCAUGGUGUUUCAGAGGAAGAUGUCGGUGCCUACAAGGAUUUAGAUGGAAUAAAGCUAAACGUCAAUGCAUCAGAAGACGCUUCACAUCUGUAAUACGUUGGUUUAAAGUUGGAAAGGGAACGGCUUGCGAGCACAAAAAUUUAACCUUGCAUUGCAGCAGAGGUCGAGUCAUUCGAACUUUUUACGCCGUAUAUGGCCGAAGAAACAAACACACAUGUGCCAAAGGCAAACCGAUAAAGACGACAACUUGCAGAGCUGUUAAAUCAAAGAAAUUGGUGGUCAAAAGUUGUGACGGUAGAAGACGAUGUAAAUUGAAAGCUAGCAAUGGAGUUUUUGGAGACCCUUGCAAAGGAACCUUCAAAUACCUUACAGUUAUCUAUGGAUGCAGAAGACCAUGUGUAAGGAAUGCUUCCUUUAACGGAAAUAUCUGCAAGUGUAAAAAAGGAUACCACGGUAACGGAUUUAUCAGAUGCUUGAAAAAGAAAGUAGGCAGGGACGUGGAAGAGGAGGAGAGACGUGACGUCAGUGAUGACGAGGGAGUAGAGAUUAACGAGGAUGAGCUGGAACGGGCCUAAUCAAAGACAUACUGUUGAUCUCAGUUGUUAAUAAUAAAAUUUCUAAAUUAAUG